AUGGCACUAAAUAUGUUAGGGAAAGGGUCAGUUUAUUUCGAUCAUCGUCGUGGUCUCGGUUUGACAACCCAUCUAUUUGGUCGCUUUCGAGUCUUCCCACCUUUGGCUAGAACGCCUGUUGGACUACAAGGAUGUCUGUUUCCUUUGCUUUUUCCUCUACCACCACC